AUGCAAGUCCAUCCCAUCAAAAACACGUUCAUCCCAUAUCGCGACAUCCUCAACUUCCACAAUCCUAAAUCAUGCCGUCUUACUAACUCCAACACCACAGCACUAAACAGUGCCCUCGAGCAACUCGGCUUCAAAGUCUUCUCCUUCCAAGCCAUGUGGCCAACCUGGCAAGAGUCAAUCCCGCUCUGGACAGAAGCCAUCGAAGCAAAGCGACUACGACGUCGUCAAGUGCCCCACGCCCUCCUCUUCGCAGAGGACCUCGCCGCCGCCUACCCAGAGGCCCGCAUCAUCGUCUCCAAGCGCGACUACGAGCCCUGGCGCGCGUCCAUGGAGAAGACGGUCUUCAAAUUGCGCCGGUCCCUCGUUUUCCGCCUGCUGCAUCCGCUCGACGCCUUCCGCGCCGCGUGGUGGCCUUUCUUGCGGCUCAUCAUGGACACGGCGUACGGCGGGUGGGCCGAGGCCGUGCCGGGACGGAAGCCUUAUGACGAGCACCAUGCCCGUAUUGAAGCCAUCACGCGUGAGACGCCCGAAAGGAUGCUCGUCUUCUCCGGGCCCAAGGACGGCUGGGUCCCGUUGUGGUCACCGAGCAGGCGAGAGGUUAUUGCUGCGCAAGCUGGCUGA